GAGCGCCGGCGAGAGCCUCUCAGUUGCUCUGCGCGGCUCGAGCGAGGCAGUCGCACGCGCAACAGCCCCCCUUCCUCGUCGCCUUGGCCGGGCCUCCCUGGGAGGACCAUGCCGAUCCUGCUCUUCCUCAUCGACACGUCCGCCUCCAUGAACCAGCGGGCCUACCUGGGCACCAGCUACCUGGACGUGGCCAAGGGCGCCGUCGAGCUGUUCAUGAAGCUGCGCGCCCGCGACCCGGCCAGCCGCGGCGACAGGUACAUGCUGGUCACUUUCGACGAGGCGCCCUAUUGCAUCAAGGCUGGCUGGAAGGAGAACCAUGCCACUUUUAUGAACGAACUGAAAAAUCUGCAAGCGUUGGGACUGACCACGCUCGGGCAGGCCCUUCGAUCUUCGUUUGAUUUGCUCAACCUCAAUCGAUUGGUGUCUGGAAUAGACAACUAUGGACAGGGAAGGAACCCGUUCUUUUUAGAGCCCUCGAUUUUGAUCACCAUCACGGACGGGAACAAGUUGACCAAUACGGCCGGCGUGCAAGAGGAGCUCCACCUUCCUCUGAAUUCUCCCCUGCCUGGAAGUGAGUUAACCAAAGAGCCGUUUCGCUGGGACCAGAGGCUGUUUGCCCUCGUGCUGCGCUUACCCGGAGCCUCUUCGGUGGAGCCCGAACAGCUAGGAAGCGUCCCGACAGACGAGUCUGCCAUUACACAGAUGUGUGAAGUCACAGGAGGACGUUCCUAUUGCGUUCGGACGCAGCGGAUGCUGAACCAGUGUUUAGAAUCUCUCGCUCAGAAAGUCCAGAGCGGUGUCGUCAUCAACUUUGAGAAAUCGGGACCCGAUCCACCCUACAUUGGGGAAGAUGGACUUGUCGACGUCACCAGGCCUAUCAAUUCUUUUGGUUCUCAGCCAUGGCACAGCUGCCACAAGCUCAUCUAUGUGAGGCCUAAUCCUAAAACGGGCGUUCCUGUCGGGCACUGGCCAAUUCCAGAAUCCUUUUGGCCCGAUCAGAAUUCACCAACACUGCCUCCCCGGACUGCCCACCCUGUUGUGAGGUUCUCCUGCAUGGAUUGCGAGCCCAUGGUGAUCGACAAGCUCCCCUUUGACAAGUACGAGCUCGAACCGUCGCCUCUCACGCAGUACAUCUUGGAGCGGAAGUCGCCUGGGGUGUGCUGGCAGGUGUUUGUGAGCACCAGCGGCAAGUACAGCGAGCUGGGCCACCCCUUCGGAUACCUGAAAGCCAGCACCACCCUGACGUGCGUCAAUCUCUUUGUCAUGCCCUACAACUACCCCGUCCUCCUCCCCCUGCUAGGACGUUGCUGCCUGCGUAGUCUUAGAAUCAUAGAAUCGUAGAGUUGGAAGAGACCACAAGGGCCAUCCAGUCCAACCCCCUGCCGAGCAGGAAACACCAUCAAAGCAAUCUUGACAUGUGGCUGUCAAGCCUCUGCUUAAAGACCUCCAAAGAAGGAGACUCACUCCACCACACUCCUUCGCAGCAAAUCCCACUGCCGAACAGCUCUUACUGUCAGGAAGUUCUUCCUAAUGUUGAGGUGGAAUCUUCUUUCUUGUAGUUUGAAUCCAUUGCUCCGUGUCCGCUUCUCUGGAGCAGCAGAAAACAACCUUUCGCCCUCCUCUACAUGACAUAUACUUUUAUACCUCCUCUUGGUAUAAAAGUAGAGUGGAAUUUGAAGUCCAGCAAUAUUUGGAGGACCUCGGGCAAGCUACCCCUUGAACAGGUUGUGUUUUGAUAGCAACGCCACCCCUUUCUCUGCAACAUCCCCCUCUUUGUAUUGGUACCGCUGUAUUAUGGCAAGCAGCCAUGCUCAGUUUAAGUACGCUUCGCUUUGAGUACUUUCAGUUUAAGUACUCCGCAGACCCGUCUGGAACGGAUUAAUCCACAUUCCAUUACUUUCCAUGGGAAAGUUCGCUUCAGUAUGUAUGGACUUCCGGAAGCAAUUAAGUACUUAACCUGAGGUACCACUGCAAACCUAAUUUGCCUAGCAAGUAAAUUUUAUAUAUAUUUAAGUUUUAUAUAUAUUUUUAUUAAGAUAUGAAUAAAUGUUAAAGGAUGUAUGGAAUUUUUUUUGCAAUUUUGGCUAGCAAGUACAUUUUAACAUUUUAACAUACCGGUAGUUGAAAUGGCCCGCCUAGCCAGUCAUUCUAAUGAACUCUGCUUGCUAAAUUUAAAAUUGUUCCAACUCUUGAGUUAGCAUCAUUAGCUAAGGAGCAAUAAACACCCAGCAUGGAACUAGUUACUCCAGGCAUCCCCAAACUUCGGCCCUCCAGAUGUUUUGGACUACAAUUCCCAUCUUCCCUAACCACUGGUCCUGUUAGCUAGGGAUCAUGGGAGUUGUAGGCCAAAACAUCUGGAGGGCCGCAGUUUGGGGAUGCCUGAGUUACUCCAUACUCCACACAGAACUAGCAAUCCGAUAAAUCAGGGUGUGGUACCUGCUUCUCUUAGGACUGCAAUUCCCAUUCUUCCCACCCAGCUUGGCCAGUGGUCAGAGGAAUCAUAGAAUCUUAGAGUUGGACGAGACCACAAGGGCCAUCCAGUCCAACCCCCUGCCAGGCAGGAAACAGCAUCAAAGCAUUCUUGGCAUAUGUCUGUCAAGCCUCUGCUUAAAGACCUCCAAAGAAGGAGACUCACUCCACCACACUCCUUGGCAGCAAAUCCCACUGCCGAACGGCUCUUACUGUCAGGAAGUUCUUCCUCAUGUUGAGGUGGAAUCUUCUUUCUUGAAGCUUGAAUCCACUGCUCCGUAUGCACCAUAAAACAAAAAUGCAAUAAAAACAAACAAACAAUACAGUUGAAACAAAUAUAAACAAACAAACAAACAAAAACAAAUAAAAAAAAUUCCUCAGUGGCACAUUAAAGACCAACUAAGUUUUUAUUUUGGUAUGAGCUUUCGUGUGCAUGCACACUUCUUCAGAUACAAAAACAAAAAUAACACCCAACACACACACACACAAAAUUCUUUAUCCCUUAUUUAUCUCUUGCUUUUACACAUAGCUGCCAAGUUAUCCCUUUUUUAAGGGAUUUUCCAUUAUGCUGAAUAGGCUUCCUCGUGAGAAAAGGGAAAACUUGGUAGCUAUGCUUUUACAUCAUAAGGGGACUUCCCUCGGUCCUACCAUAUGAGCUUCCUUCCACCUCUUUAGCAGCUUCAACUUGCAAAUAUUUAUCUCUAUCCUACAUUUAAAUAACAACAACAACAACAACAACAACAACAACAACAACAACAACAACAACAACAUAAUAAUAAUAAUAAUAAUAAUAAUAAUAAUAAUAAUAUAAUUAUCCUUUCAUAUAUUUGAAUCCAUUGCUCCGUGUCCGCUUCUCUGGAGCAGCAGAAAACAACCUUUCACCCUCCUCUAUAUGACAUCCUUUAAUAUAUUUGAACAUGGCUAUCAUAUCACCCCUUAACCUUCUCUUCUCCAGGCUAAACAUACCCAGCUCCCUAAGCUGUUCCUCAUAAGGCAUCGUUUCCAGGCCUUUGACCAUUUUGGUUGCCCUCUUCUGGACACGUUCCAGCUUGUCAGUAUCCUUCUUGAACUGUGGUGCCCAGAACUGGACACAGUACUCCAGGUGAGGUCUGACCAGAGCAGAAUACAGUGGUACUAUUACUUCCCUUGAUCUAGACACUAUACUCCUAUUGAUGCAGCCCAGAAUUGCAUUGGCUUUUUGAGCUGCUGCAUCACACUGCUGACGCAUGUCAAGUUUGUGGUCUACCAGGACUCCUAGAUCCUUUUCACAUGUACUGUGAGGGCCUUCUCGGUGGUGGCGCCCGCCCUGUGGAAUGCCCUCCCAACAGAUGUCAAAGAGGAAAACAACUACCAGACUUUUAGAAGACAUCUGAAGGCAGCCCUGUUCAGGGAGGCUUUUAAUGUUUAAUAGAGUAUUGUGUUUUAUUUUUCU